GUAACAAUGACAAUCCUUUUUUCCCCUCAGUACUCUGCUUUGAGGGAACAGCUAAUAUACUCCAUCGAGGUCAAGAUCCGGUCCCUGGGUAUGGGCAUCGGGGUCACAGCUAUUCUCCUGGCAUCCGAGGUCCUUCCCCUUGGCGUGGGCACCGAGGUCACAAUUAUCCUGAAGAGAACGGUCGUUUAAAUCACGGUUCUCUUUUCGGUCAUGGGUAUCCGAGUCACGCACCAAUACCCGGGCAUGGGCACUUGGGCAUUUCUUCGUCUUCUUCUCCUGUUCAGGGCCAGCGAGUUCACAUCUCUCCUCCUCGGCACUCAGGUCGAAGCCGCGACGCGUCCCACGAGCAAGGACACUCUCCUGUCGACGGGACUCCUUUAGCUACCCCAGCAGGAGUGACCGAGCCCGCUACCCCAGGCCAGGGCAAGCUCAGUUCUCUCCCGCUGCUGGGAGGAGAAGGAGGAGACUCAGUGUCUCACAGGGUCCCAGGACAGCGCGACCGCCAUGUUUAUUUGGGGUCUCAGCGCAGAGGUCACGACGAAUCCCCUUAUCACUAUCCCCGCCACGAUCCUCAGACUCACGAACUCUUCAGUCACCACAAGUACGAUUCGCCACGCCAUUACAGAGAGGGUCCUCUCCAACACGGCAGUCACGAUCACCUCCACCAUCGCUUUUCUCCCUCGAGUCACCACCACGAAGGCAGUCCUCCCUUCAGUCCUUAUCAUUUCUGGCGUUCUCUCUUCAACAGACAGAGCGAUUCCCUCUAUCACAACCCCUCUCACCACAGUCACCACAUGCACAGUCAGCAUUAUCACCACAGAUUCCAUCCUCACCACCAUCCCCAUGACCACAAAUUCGACAAUCACCACGACCACAAACUCAGUCACCACCACAAUCACCACGACCACAAACUCAGUCACCACCACAAACACCACGACCACAAACUCCACCAUCACCACCGUCACUACGAUGCCAAACUCAGUCAUCACAACCUCACUGACAGCCGCGACGAAGACCAGAAAUCACCCGUUAAACCUCCCCGUAGACGCUGCCCAAUGCCCUAUGUACCUGUGGGAAAUUUAUGCCUCUCGAGAGUCAUAUUCAGCCAG